ACGCCGCCGGCCCAUCGCAGAUCCAGCCGAGCUACGCCAACGACCAUCGACCAAGCUGGCUACUCCACUCGCCAGUAGCCAAGCUGCCGCAGCCCAAAAUCCACCCGGAAGCUUGACCACCGGCGGUUGCUCGCCCCCUCGCUUCCUCCGCGCACCCGCCCGCCGGGGCCAUACUCCUCCCCCGCCUCUUCCGGCUCCGCCCUCACGCUCAUCUACACCCACAUGGCUCUCCACGCGGCGGCGCCGCCCUGCGCUGCGGGCCGCGGCCUCCCGUCGUCCUCGUCGCCCCCUCGCGCCGGUGGCAGGCCCUCCCUCUCCGCCGCCGCGAGGCCCCGCAGCGUCUCCUUUGCCGCGCUGCUCCGGACGCGCACAGUUCAAACAAAGGCAGUCUUAAGCAGUGAUGGUGCCCCUGGAAUGAGCAAUUCUCCCCAUGUAGUGUGCUUUGGUGAAUUGCUAAUUGACUUCGUUCCAACUGUCAAUGGAGUGUCAUUGGCAGAAGCACCAGCCUUCAAGAAGGCUCCAGGGGGUGCACCUGCCAAUGUUGCAGUUGGAAUAGCUCGUCUUGGUGGGUCAUCAGCUUUCAUUGGAAAGAUUGGUGAUGAUGAAUUUGGCUAUAUGCUAGCUGAUAUAUUGAAGCAGAAUAAUGUAAACACUCAAGGAUUACUUUUUGAUGCUCAUGCUAGAACAGCUUUGGCUUUUGUGACACUACGAAGUGACGGUGAACGUGAAUUUAUGUUCUAUCGUAAUCCGAGUGCUGAUAUGCUACUUGAAGAAAAAGAACUCGAACUUGAUCUAAUAAGGAAGGCAAAAAUAUUCCAUCAUGGCUCGAUAAGUCUUAUAACUGAGCCUUGUAAAACUGCACACCUUGCAGCUGCCAAAGCAGCUAGAGAUGCUGGAGUACUUGUUUCAUAUGAUCCGAAUUUAAGGCUUCCAUUGUGGUCAUCAGCUGAGGAUGCUAGAGAUGGUAUCUUGAGCAUAUGGGAAACAGCUGAUGUUAUCAAGAUAAGUGAAGAGGAGGUUUCUUUUCUGACGAACGGGGAGGAUCCAUAUGAUGAUGCUGUUGUAAAGAAACUUAUUCACCCCAACCUGAAGUUGCUUCUUGUCACUGAAGGUCCAGAGGGAUGUAGGUAUUAUUCUAAGGAAUUUAGUGGGAGAGUUGGUGGGCUGAAGGUAACUGCUGUUGAUACAACUGGUGCUGGAGAUGCUUUCGUUGCUGGAAUGCUAUCUCAAUUAGCCACAGAUUUUUCACUGCUCCAGGACGAAGGCCGAUUGCGAGAAGCACUGAAGUUCGCAAACGUCUGUGGAGCUCUCACGGUAACAGAGAGAGGCGCGAUUCCAGCACUGCCCACCCGACAGCAAGUGCUCGACGCCCUGACCAGCGUUGUUGCUUGAACGAGCAGCGCGUCCCUACUUACUUGCUGCGUAUGCUAAUGUGAAUCAGCGGAGCACCACGUCAGAUUAGGUGCCAUUCCGUUUGCCUAAUAAUUGGGAUCUUGCAUCUUGGCGGUGUGGACCCCAAGCCAAAUAAUCGGGUGCAAGAGGCUGUUUCUUGUCCGUUCUUGAAGUGUGUAGCUGGAUUCCGAGGCAUGUGUGGUGGGCAUGUGUCUGAAUACCUGUACAGCAGUUAUGUGCUGAUGUCGUAUGGUGCUGAAAACUCAAUACUAGCUAAUAACAUCAUCAGUACAUCACGAAGAAGUUUGCCACGGGAAGAAUGGGCUAUCCCGGUUGUUCCUGC